AUGGUCUUCAAAGUUAGCAAAUAUGCAGAGGAAGACAAGGUGACUUAUGCUGCUUCCAUGAUGAAGUCUGAAGCCCUAUUCUGGUGGGAAAUAAUUACCAGCCUAAGGGGCGAAGAGGCUGUAGCAAAGAUGUCAUGGGAUGAGUUCAAGUUGGAAGAAGAAUUCUUGAGGUCAGAACAAGGAAGCUUAACGGUCAAGGAGUAUACGACCAACUUCACAGAGAAGGCUAGAUUCUCUGAGCAUUAUGUAUCCACUGAGGAGAGACGGGUACAGCGUUUCAUAUGGGGAUUGAAAGCAUCCAUCAAGGAGUUUGUCCUCACUAUGAAACCAACUACUUUCCAAGAGGCUGUGAAUGCAGCCGAAGUUAGAGAAAAGGAAAUGGUCCGCCAAGAAUCCGAGCGGGGCCAGCUGAAGAGAAAAUGGGAGGGUUCAAACAACGAAGCCCGAAGACAAAAAGUUGGGAACUCGGAAAGGAAGGCUGGACACUUGUCCCAAGACUGCAGAAUGGAACGAAGAGAGAGAUUAUGCUACAUCUGCAAGUCACCCAAUCAUGUGCAAGCAGACUGCCCGCAAAGGAAGAAGGAUGUUACGACCAUUCAAGGAGGAAGCAGAGGUGGGAAAGGAGAGGAACGACGACCAGAAGCACCAAGACCAAAAGGGAGGGUGUUCCAAAUGAUUGCAGCCAAGGCUGAGAAAACCCCGGAUGUGGUAACAGGUAUCUUCCUGGUUAAUUCUGUACAUGCAAAAGUGUUGUUCGAUUCUAGCAUGAAUAAAUCAUUUGUAUCCACUACUUUCUUCCAUGACUUGAAUAGAGUAGCUAAGCCUCUAAGUUCAGCAUUAGAAGUAGAAACUGCUGAUGACAACAGGGUAGUGAUUAAGGAAGAAUAUGAUGACUGCAUUAUAUAG